UGGAAUAUCAUCAGUGGCUGUAAGUUUUACCAAAGGCAACAACUUUUCCUUUGAAGAAUACUAACCUCAAUCAAUCAGACUGUUUUAUCGACUACUAGAAGAAACUUGUGUAAGAUUAAGGGUCUUAGUGAGGUUAAAGUUGAAAAGAUUAAAGAAGCAGCUGGAAAGUUAAUUAAUGUUGGUUUUGUACCAGGAUCAAUACAAGCAGAGAUUAGAAGUAAAGUAUUUGUAAUAUCUACUGGAUCCACUCAAAUGGAUGAAAUGUUAGGUGGUGGUGUUCAAUCAAUGAGUAUUACCGAAGUUUUCGGUGAGUUCAGAUGUGGUAAAACUCAAUUAUGUCAUACCCUCUGUGUCGCAGCUCAACUUCCAAAGGAAUUAGGUGGUGCAGAAGGUAAAGUUGCUUUCAUUGAUACAGAGGGUACGUUUAGACCAGAAAGAAUUAAAUCUAUUGCGGCUAGAUUCGGAGUAGAUGGUGACGCUUGCCUUGAGAAUAUCUCUUACGCAAGAGCACUUAACAGUGAACAUCAAAUUGAACUAGCAGAACAAUUAGGUAAUCAGUUAGCAGAUGGAUCAUUUAGGUUAUUAAUUGUUGAUUCAAUCAUGGCUGGAUUUAGAGUUGACUACUCCGGUAGAGGUGAAUUGAAUGAAAGACAACAAAAAUUAAAUCAACAUCUUUCUUGUCUUACUCGAUUAUCAGAAGAUUACAAUAUUGCCAUCUUUUUGACUAAUCAAGUCCAAUCUGAUCCAGGAGCAAGCUCCUUAUUCGCAGCUACUGAUGGUAGAAAACCAGUUGGAGGUCAUGUUCUUGCUCACGCUUCUGCCACCAGAAUUUUACUUCGUAAAGGAAGAGGUGAGGAAAGAGUUGCCAAAUUGCAAGAUAGUCCCAAUAUGCCAGAAAGGGAAUGUGUCUACGUUAUAGGUGAAGGUGGUAUUAAAGAUAGUACUUAAUAAAUAUUUGUUAUUUGUGCAUCUAAUUUAUCCCAAUUAGGAAAGUUAAUGAUUUACGCGUCUCAUUUAAUUUUUUUUUAUUUUGCACAAAAUGGUAUAACUUUCAAUUUUUAUAUUAAAGAAAUUAAUUU